UCGGGAGAUAUGAAGGCAAGAAAGACUAUAAAAAUUUGAAUAGUAAGGCUUUUGGACUAUUCAGACAUGGUCACGUACAAAAUAUCGAAGUUGGCACGAGUGAAAAUGGAGACGUGAUCCAUAUAAAAGGUGAAUGUCUCCCAGAGAUGAAAAAGAAUUUGAAGUACAAGCUCAAUGUUACCAUGAUCAAUUCAGGAGAGCAAGCUGGUGAGAUCACCUAUGCCUGCUGCAGUCCAUGCACAGCAGGGAAAGAUCCAUUCGCCUCUUGUAAACACCCUCUCGCCUUAUGUUCCUCCAGUGAAAAACUGAAUCUUGUAGGAACAGAUCCACUUCUCAGAUAUCGUUUUCCUCCCACACAACGCUUAAAACAAACUUCAAAAAAGUGCUGACUGCAGAGCCACGCAGACGGCAACGUGACUGUUGUUAUCGGUGGUGAUGACAAUUACAGCAAUGAAGAGGAAAAGGAAAAAUCUGUCGCCUCGCGGUGGGCACGAAGGAAGAUAGGUUCCCAGCUGAAGGGAGAGUUCCUCGAUGGACGAAAAAGUUUCAUCUUUUCAUGGGGCAGAAAACACAGAGUAAUUCACGAGCAAGCGCUGAAACAUUACUUUGAUCCUAAUAAGAAAGGACAAAAGUUUGAGUAUGAGCCACCAGCGUGGCCGGAGCCAACGGGUCCGCUCGCACGAGCAACAGAACCUGCGCAGCAGCCCAUGUUUCGACGCUCCACUACCCUCCCGAAAGGAAAAAGUAAACAAGAAAUAAAGGAGAGGUGGGAUCUGUCAAGUUCCUUACAUAAAGAUCACGCAGUGACCAGGCAAAGCAGUGUGGAUAUUCACACUACUCAGCGACCUAAACUAGACGUACACCUCGAUCCCCUUGCGGCAAAUGCUGUUUCGACCUCAGAGUACGGGUGCUCAUCAUUUGAGAACAGUUCUGAACAGCACGAAGUGCAUAGGGACAAUGCUACGGAGAAAACACGUCUGAAAGAAGUAGCACCAACAGAUGUGGCUGCAGAUUCUGAGGGCUCACUAUUGGACAAUAAACCGCAACAGCUGUCAGUGCGAACUGCUGCGGCUAUAGAAGGAGAACAUCAAGUUAAAAACCAAGCAGUCCAUGGCUGUGAUGUGUCACUGAAAACAAUGCAGGAUGUGAAAUCAGUAAUCGAAGACCUCCACCGCAGGAUAAAGCUGCCAGAAUAUCCCUCAGUGGAACGUUUUUCAUUAGAGAAAAUAAAAUCGUACUUGACGAGAUACACUCUCAGGUUUUGUGUUCUGGUGGUGGAUACAAAAACGUUUGAUAAAAUCCAGCGGCAUGAUUUGGAAAAACUUCUCAAGACAACAGCUGAUUUUUUCGUUGAAAAGGUUAUCUUUACAAUUUGCGAUCAAUGUCCUGCUCCAAAAGGAGAUGAAAAGAAACUAGCAGUUGUGGAAAACAUUGAGCGUUUGCUCAAAGAGAAAGGAAAGGGCCUUGUUGUGUGCUUGGAGGAUGGAAAACUGAACGUGGAACCCGAUGUCUUGAUACAAUUAAUGCUUGGAGCCCCAGUAGUGGCGAAGAACAGACCAGCACAGACGAUCCAUUCAGGAGAAUCGUCCAUACCAAACAAUGUUGCGUCAGGUUUUCCUUUUGACAAGAGCCUGGUUGAAGCAACGCGAAAUCACACAAGGCGUUUUCCAUCACAGGAGGUACGUUAUAAUCCUACUUCUUAUUUUGGAGAAACCUACAUUUUGUUUUGAACGUUUCACAGACUUACGAUAACCU